AUGAAUUUUAUCAGUUCAACUGAUUUUGAUGUGUUGAUAUUUACUCAACGAUUGCCUCAAACUGUUUGUUACGUAUGGAAAGAAAACUUUUCAUCAAACACAUGUUUAUUACCAACAGAUGAAGAAUGGACAAUUCAUGGAGUAUGGCCAACUCAAUAUCACAAAAUUGCACCAAGUUAUUGUAAUGAAUCAUUGGUAUUUAAUUUAACAGCACUUGCAACAAUUGAAGAUAAACUUAAAAAAACAAUUUCUGUUGAAAAUGGUACAACACAUUAUUCAUUUUGGGAACAUGAAUGGUCAAAACAUGGUACAUGUUCGGCUGUAUUACCACAAUUAAAUACUCAAAUGAAAUAUUUUGAAAAAGGUCUUGGGCUAUUAGAUAAAUAUAACAUGAAAAAUAUACUUGGUCAAGUUAAUAUAUUACCUGGUAAUAAUUAUACAGUACAAGAAAUUUUAAAAGGUGUUGGCACUGUUUUGGGUAAAAAUUGUCAAGUCGAUUGUUUUUCAAGCAAGAAACAAAAUGUAACGUAUUUAUUUGAAAUUCGUAUUUGCUUUGAUAAAUCAUUGAAUUUCAUUGAUUGUGAUGGUAUAUUUGAUUUUCCAACAAAUAAUUUUGCUGUUUUUUAUCAAGUUAUUGUUGUUACAUUCAACCUCAGACUUGGUGUACUUGGUUUUUUAAGUACUGCUGAUGAAAGUGGAAUUUGUAAUUAUGGUAAACUGGAUCGAGCAAUGCCAUUUCAAUGGGUUUAUAAUAUUAUACAAAAUUAUAAUGGUAAUCUAAAAGACAUAACAUUAUUUGGACAUGGAGCAGCUAUGUAUCAGCUGAUUGUUGAUUAA